AUGUCAGGAGUCAGUGAGAAUGACCCGUGGAUGUCAGGAGUCAGUGAGAAUGACCCGUGGAUGUCAGGAGUCAGUGAGAAUGACCCCUGGAUGUCAGGAGUCAGUGAGAAUGACCCGUGGAUGUCAGGAGUCAGUGAGAAUGACCCCUGGAUGUCAGGACUCAGUGAGAAUGACCCGUGGAUGUCAGGAGUCAGUGAGAAUGACCCGUGGAUGUCAGGAGUCAGUGAGAAUGACCCCUGGAUGUCAGGAGUCAGUGAGAAUGACCCCUGGAUGUCAGGAGUCAGUGAGAAUGACCCGUGGAUGUCAGGAGUCAGUGAGAAUUACCCGUGGAUGUCAGGAGUCAGUGGAAUGACCCGUGGAUGUCAGGAGUCAAGUGAGAAUGACCCUUGGAUGUCAGGAGUCAGUGAGAAUGACCCCUGGAUGUCAGGAGUCAGUGAGAAUGACCGUGGAUGUCAGGAGUCAGUGAGAAUGACCCCUGGAUGUCAGGAGUCAUUGAGAAUGACCCGUGGAUGUCAGGAGUCAGUGAGAAUGGACCCUGGAUGUCAGGAGUCAUUGAGAAUGACCCCUGGAUGUCAGGAGUCAGUGAGAAUGACCCGUGGAUGUCAGGAGUCAGUGAGAAUGACCCCUGGAUGUCAGGAGUCAGUGAGAAUGACCCGUGGAUGUCAGGAGUCAGUGAGAAUGACCCCUGGAUGUCAGGAGUCAGUGAGAAUGACCCGUGGAUGUCAGGACUCAGUAAGAAUGACCCCUGGAUUGUCAGGACUCAGUAAUAAGACCCCCGGAUGUCAGGAGUCAGUAAGAAUAACCCCUGGAUGUCAGGAGUCAGUACAAGAAUAA